GGUUGAGAAGGAUGAUAAUGAAGCAUUCAACUUCGUUACACCAACCGGUGGCCAUCUCAAAUUAUUAAGCCUACCGCAUACAACUUAUCCGCAUUUCUCAUUUCUGCGGCCGCUGCAGGCUACCGUCCAGAAAGAGUUAUCAUUAACUCUUCGAACUGAACGGUUGAGAAGGAUGAUAAUGAAGCAAUUCAACUUCGAUACUCUCUUAUAUUCUUAGCCUUUCCAGUACUUGUAUUUCCCAUUAAUGGCAAAGUCCCACGCCCUCCCUCUCAACGAGAGAGUUUGUGUCAACAACACUCUCCAACGGCUCUCGGAUGUCGUAAUCCUCUCCCUCCUCCUCUCCCUCCUCGCCUAUCGUCUCGCCUCGCUUCACCGCCAUGGAACCACAUGGCUCGUCGCCUUCGUUUGCGAGUCAUGGUUCGCCUUCAUCUGGUUCCUCUAUCUCAAUGCCAGAUGGAACCGGAUCGUUUAUAGAUCUCACCCCCAGCACUUAGCAAACACGUACGGUGAUCUUCCAGCCGUGGACAUGUUUGUGACGACCGCCGACCCGACGCUGGAGCCUCCGAUCAUCACCGUCGACACGGUACUCUCCUUGCUGGCCGUGGACUAUCCGGUUCACAAGCUUGCUUGCUAUGUUUCCGAUGACGGAGCGUCGCCAGUGACCUUCUUCUCCUUUUCCGAGUCCGUGGAGUUCGCCAAGCUCUGGGUUCCCUUCUGCAAGAAGCAUGGCGUGAGAGUGCGAGCGCCUUCCGUUUACUUCUCUAGUACUGAACCACAGCUGAACUCCUCAGCUGACUUCAUCCAAGAGUGGAGGCAUGUCAAGAAUGAGUAUGAAGAACUAAGUCGAAGAGUUGCAUCUGUAAAUAAUGAAGACCAAAUUCCUAAUUACCACAGUAACGAUGAGUUCAAGGACUUCUUCAAGAUCGAGAGCAAGAACCAUCCAACCAUAGUCAAGAUUUUAUGGGAGAACAAGAAAGGAUCAGAACAAGAAGGGAUAAUGCCACAUCUAAUUUAUGUGGCCAGAGAGAAGAGGCCACAGCAUCCACAUCACUACAAGGCAGGAGCCAUGAAUGUUCUGACGAGGGUGUCGGGCGUGAUGACCAAUGCACCAUUCGUGCUCAACGUCGACUGCGACAUGUUCGCCAACAACCCACAAGUCAUCCUCCAUGCCAUGUGUCUGCUCCUCGGCUCCCCCGACGAGGGGAACAAUAAUGCCUUCGCCCAGGCUCCGCAGCAGUUCCAUAGAGCUCUCAAGGACGAUCCCUUCGGAAACCAACUCGUAGUCCUCCAACAGUCCCUUGUGCCCGGUAUACAAGGUAUUCAAGGCCCGUUUUAUGCCGGAACAGGAUGCCUCCAACGGAGAAAAGUCAUAUAUGGCGUCCCACCAAAUGGUUCCAGAUUUAAGAAGAAAGGCGGCAAAUUUUUUUCUCGACUCCAAUUACUGGAAUGCAGUUCGAAGGACAAUUCAACAGAAAUGUUGUCUCGCGAAGAACUUCAGUUGUUCUACGGAACCUCUAUGGAAUUCAUGCACUCGGCCGUUCAAAUAACCGCAGGAAUCAGUAGUCCUGGAUUACCCAGCGACCUUUCCAGUCGUGUUGCAGUAGCUGAAAUGGUUGCUUCUUGUUCUUAUGAAUUCAACACAGCUUGGGGCGAUGAGAUUGGUUGGGUUUAUGGUUCGAUGACGGAGGACAUCCUCACAAGCCUGAGGUGCCAUUCCAUGGGAUGGAGAACGGUGGCUCUGAUGCUGGACCCACCUGCGUUCCUCGGCUCUGCCCCCGUAGGCGGUCCGGCGAGCUUGACGCAGCACAAGAGGUGGGCAACAGGCCUUCUGGAGAUCCUGGUUAGCAAGAAAAACCCGGUAGUUUCUGUCAUCACCAAAGAGCUCAUGCUCCGGCAAUAUCUCGCGUACUUGAUCUUACUUGUUUGGGCUGUGAGAUCCAUCGUCGAGGUCUGCUAUGCUCUGCUCCCGGCUUACUGCCUCCUCUCGAACUCCACCUUCUUGCCUAACACAUCAGAAGUUGGUUUUGUUGUGGCAUUGGCUCUUUUUGUGACCUACAACAUCUACACAUUGGUAGAAUACUUCCGCUACGGGUUAUCGGUGAGAGCAUGGUGGAAUAACCAGAGGAUGCAGAGGAUUUACUCGUCCACCGCAUGGCUUCUCGGCUUCUUCAGCGUUGUCCUCAAGCUUCUCGGCAUCUCGGACACCGUCUUCGAGAUCACCCAGAAAGAGCAGCGAAGGCCGGGCAAAGACGUGGACGACCCCGGGCGGUUCACCUUCGACUCAUCGCCGGCGUUUGUUCCAGGGACCGCGGUAAUGCUGGUCAAUCUGUGGGCCUUCGCCGUCGGUUUGCUGCGAGUUCUCAGUACCACCGACGCCGAAGGACCGGGGAUCGGGGAGUUUGUCUGUAGCGGCUGGAUCUUGCUCUGCUUUUGGUCGUUCUUGAAGGGGCUCGUUGGGCGCGGGAGGCAUGGGAUUCCCUGGCCGGUCAUUGGCAAGGCAAUGGUGAUGGUUUGCCUUUUCCUUGCAGUGUUGCAAAACUGCAUGAAAUUGUAGCUUUACACUGCAUUCAAAUAUACUUAAAGAGCACAACGCUGUUAUAUGUUCUUUAAUCUCAUGCUCAUAAUCUGUUUAGAGGUUCCUUCAAUCUAAAUGAAUCACUUCUCAGCAUUUUGUGA